UGGUGACUUCAACAUCCUAUGAUUAUUCUGCGAGCAUAGAGUGCUUAGCAGAGCCCCCGAGACCUCAGUAUGGUGGUGGUAUCGUCCGCAAUCCAGAAUUCAACGAUGGCCUCAAAGGAUGGUCGGUAUUCGGCAAUGGCCAGAUAGCCGAGAGGACAUCCGACACAGGUAACAGGUUCAUGGCUACUGAGCGUACACGCUUGUCACAUCAAAGCGUGUCUCAGAAGGUCUAUCUGCAGCGGGGGAUGCUCUACACCUUCUCAGCCUGGUUGCAGGUCGACCAAGGAAACACCACCGUCACGGCCAUCUUCAAGACGGCAAAGGAUGGCUUCGUCCACGUCGGAGCGGUUGAAGCCCGGUCGGGGUGUUGGUCGAUGCUCAAAGGUGGCCUGACUGCCAAAUCCUCAGACCCAGCUGAGUUCUACUUCGAGAGCAAGAAUACGAGAGUGGAGAUAUGGGUGGACAGUGUGUCGCUGCAACCGUUCACCGAGGAUCAAUGGCGAGCUCACCAAGAGGAGAGCAUCAACAAGGUCCGCAAGAAGACUGUUGCAAUCCAAGCCGUGGAUGCCAAUGGCCACGCCCUGCCCGGUGCAUCAGUCUCGAUUCAGCAGACGAGGUCCGGCUUCCCCUUGGGUUGCGCACUGAAGAGUACCAUCCUCCAGAGCUCGGCAUACCAGAGCUGGUUCACCGCUCGCUUCAAUGUCACCACCUUCACGAACGAGAUGAAGUGGUACUCCAACGAGAAGGUGGAGGGCAACGAGACGUACGCCGUGGCGGACGCCAUGCUCGCGUUCGCUAAGCAGCACGGCAUCGCCGUCAGAGGCCAUAACGUCGUCUGGGACGACCGUCAAUAUGUGCAGAACUGGGUGCAGUCGCUCCCCACACAGAAACUCCGGGAAGCAGUGAACAGGAGGUUCAACUCCGUGAUGACGAGAUACCGAGGUCAGGUCAUCGCUUGGGACGUCGUCAACGAGAACGUCCACUUCUCCUACUUCGAGAGCAGGCUAGGCGAGAACGCGUCGUCCAUCUUCUACCAGCAGGCGCACCAGCUCGACCCUAACGCCCUCAUGUUCCUCAACGACUUCAACACACUGGAGGCUCCCGAAGACGAGAAAGUAACUCCAGUAAAGUACCUCCAGAAGCUGCAGCAGAUCCAGUCCUUUGGAAAUUUUCCGCGCAUGGCUAUCGGGCUUGAGGGCCACUUCACCACCCCCGACAUAUCUUACAUGAGAUCUGCUCUCGAUAAUCUUGCAGGAGCUAAUGUUCCCAUCUGGCUUACAGAAGUGGACGUUGCUCACUCAAACGAGUCGAAGCAUUUGGAGGACAUACUGAGGGAGGCAUACUCGCAUCCAGCUGUGCAGGGAAUUGUGAUAUUUGGGGUAUGGAAUCCAAUGGGAUGCUUCAGCAGAAUGUGCUUGACGGACGUCAACUUCAAGAACCUGCCCACUGGGGAUGUGGUUGACAAGCUGAUUUCUGAGUGGAGGACUCAUAAUGUGGCUGCAACAACUGAUGCUGAUGGUCUGCACAGGGCCGAGCUCUUCCAUGGCGAGUACAAGAUAACAGUAAACCACCCUUCAAGCAACUCAUCAUCGGUGCGGAGCUUGACAGUGGAUUCAGCUUCACAGAACAACAAUGUACUCACGGUUAUGGUCUAAGCAACUGAAUCUGGCAAUCACAAAGGCAGAUUUCAGUAGGUCCUGUUCUUCGAUAGUUCUCUUAUUUCUUAGAAACUUGAGGUCGCAAGUGCUUGGUAAAGGUUAGA